CGAAAAACUUAGAGGGGAAGACUCUCCCUUGUAGAUGCUAAGGGACAUUUUUUUUACCCCUGAAAGAUUCAAGAAAGUGUCUUCAUUAUAGAUACUAAAAGGUCAGAUGAGAUACUGAUGCUGAAUGAUCUUUAAUGUGAGGGAAAACAUGCAGAAACUCGUAGAUAUCAGAGUAUUGACCAUAAUCCCGUGUAAACUUGAACUUCACAGUAACUGGGAGGGAAAUUUACCCUACAGAUGUCAAAGGGUCAAGUAGGGCGCCGGCGCCAAGUGACCUCUGACAUGGGAAUACACGUGGAGAUAUUUAUGGGUACUAAAAUUUGACCCAUGUUAGUUUAAGGUCUUCAAUUUAAGUACAUCUGAAGUUCUGAAUAAUUCAUUAAAUAUAUUAGCAUGAAAAUAAUAUAUAAAUAUUGUAAAGUUAUCAUGAAGAUAUUUACGCAAGUGGAAUAGCGGCAUAAUAUAAUAGUUUCAUGACGCCAUCUAUAAAGAGUUGCUUGAAACUGUUUGACAAAUAGUUUCCAGUUUUUUGUGGUAGAUAGCGCUAUGGGUUACUUCUAAUGUUUCUAUUAUUUCGGGAAAUAUUUAAUUAUACAAAACCUGCUGUAUAUAUUAACGUCGUAAUAGUAAUAGGACUUCGUAAAUAAUUUCUUGAUGUUCCUUCAAUUAAUUAGGGAUGUAGUAUUAAUAGUUUAAGGCACGUUCUCACUGGUUGAAAACUACACUCUAUUGAUAUUAUCAGUCGAUCGAAGUCCUUUCGCGUGUGUGUAGCGAUUCGAUCCUCUUGAAAUGUUUGGUUGUUGCUGGUGCUGUUCUGCUUUACGUCCACGAUACAAAAGACUCGUUGACAAUAUUUUCCCAGUGAAUCCACAGGAUGGACUAGUCAAGAACAACAUGGAAAAAUUGACCUUUUAUUCAUUAAGUAGUCCUGAAAAACUAGAUAGGAUUGGAGAGUACUUGUUUCAAAGGGCUUCCAGAGACAUUUACAGGAGAAGAAAUGGAUUCGUUGUUAUUGCUAUGGAAGCAAUGGAUAUUCUUUUACUAGCAUGUCAUGCCCAAACUUUAAACUUAUUUGUUGAAAGCUUCUUAAAAAUGGUACAGAAGCUGUUGGAAUCUACUGAUCCACAAUUACAAAUAUUAGCUACACAAUCUUUUGUCAGAUUUGCCAACAUCGAACAAGAUACGCCGUCUUAUCACACACGUUACGAUUUCUUUGUAUCAAAGUUCUCUGCAAUGUGCCACUCCAAUAAUGAUGACCCUGCGAUCAGGAAACAAAUACAGUUAGCCGGAAUUCAAGGCUUACAGGGCGUUGUUAGGAAAACACUUUCUGAUGAUUUGGUAGAAAAUAUUUGGGAACCUGUUCAUAUGGAUAAAAUAGUUCCUUCAUUAUUGUAUAAUAUGCAAAAUUCCAGAUAUUCUAAUAAAGAAGAUGCAACCCCCGAUAAUCCAACAGAAGAACGAUCCGACCCACCACAAUUUGCAGAAACAUGUAUGCGAGAACUCGUAGGGCGGGCAUCAUUCGGCCACAUUAGAUGUGUUAUUAGGCCUGUAUUAAGACAUUUAGAUAAUCAUCAAUUAUGGGUUCCUAAUUAUUUUGCAAUUCAUACAUUCAGAAUAAUUAUGUUUUCCAUUCAGUCUCAAUAUUCUUACACAGUUGUAGAAGCCCUAAUGAUUCAUCUUGAUGAUCAUUCUAAAUCAUCUCCGAAAAUUCGAACCAGUAUUGCAGAUACUUUAUCCAAAAUUAUUUCAAUUGCAGCUGGUGAAAGCGUUGGUCCAUCUGUUUUGGAAAUAAUAAAUUCUUUGCUAACUCAUCUUCGAAUUAGUGUAACAAGAAAUCAGUCAUCCAGCUGUGAUGAACAGUUGUAUCAGGAAGCUCUCAUUAACGGUUUGGGAGAAUUCGCAAAUCACCUUCCAGAUUAUCAAAAGAUAGAAAUUAUGAUGUUUAUUAUGAGUAAAGUUCCAUACAGUCAACCAGAUCGUGCAGUCUCAGUUGGGAAAGGAGACGUGUUACUGCAGAGUAUUCUUUUAAAAUCUCUUUUAAAAGUUGGCACAAAAUAUCAAACAAUACAUUUAAAUACAACAUUCCCGCCUAGCUUCUUGGAACCAUUAUUAAGAAUGUCACUCGCAGCAGAUGCUGAAAUGCGACUUUUGGUACAAAAGAUUCUUCAUACAUUAAUUGAUAGACAUUUAAAUAGCCCGAAACUUGCAAAACCUACGAUAAAUGUUGCACCCCUUGAUCUUACCAUUGAGAAAGCAUCUAGACCAGACGUGAUCUUCAUUCGAAAACAUGGUCCAGAAAUUUAUUUAGCAUUAUAUGAAUCAUUAGAAUUGGCAAGUAAUAUGGUCGAGAACGUGGAAUCUAUAUAUACAACAUUGGCAUUACUUGCUGUAGAAUUAGCUUCAGAAGAAACGAUAUUAGAGCUGUUAAGACUGGUAUUGAGUCUCCAAGAUUUAGCUUUAACGAGUGGCCAAAUCAGUAUUUCGCUCAAAUUCAAUUUGCACAGCAUUGUCAUCAGCUUAUUGGUACUCAUAUCCUAUGUUUGUAAUAUUACAUCACUCAUGGAUUAUGCGAACAAACUUGUAGAAGCACGGCGAAAGGAAGCUCCACAUCUUUUGCCUGAUUUACAAUCUCAAUACGAUGCCGGUUUGUCAUCUAGAGUAGCACCGGCUUUGUUAGUUGAUCAAACUAUUUUAAGCGAAUGCUUAAAAGGAGCUGGUCUCGAUAGCGGAAAACUGCAACAAGGAUCUGGUUAUAGCAGCACGUCUCUUCAACAUCGACAUUCGUGGGUUGAUAGUGCUGGACGGAACUCGUUGGCUGAUAUUAAUUCCGGCGGUACAGAAUUGGACAGCGGUGGUUCAUCUCCAGGUGUCCAAAAGAAACUGCCAGGUGAAGAGUUAACUUUCGAAAGUAUGAAGCGGAUUCUGACAGAGAAUAAUAAUAACCACAUCAUGGAGGAAGAAAAACGAAUACAGUUGUCACACUUCUUCAGAAAUGCACCAUUUCAAGAUUUGGUAUCGAAAACACAGCCAAAGCAUGACGUUCUCCAAAGUAAAUUGUCAGAAAUAUUCAACACAUUAUCUGUUGAUCCGCGUAAUACGUCUCAACCUGGCGGGCCACCGACGGAUACCAAACCAAAUCAAGCACCAGCUUAUGAAAUACAUUUCCCAGAAUUAUUUGUUUAUUAG